GUUUCAAUCUUUUGAAGUGCGCAACAGAGCCCAAUUGAUGGAAUUACUGAAUUGGAAGGGAAAAAUCAACUUUUAACACUGGAUUAAUUUGUAUGCUGGAAUAUAAAUCCUUAAGUCAGAUUUGGUGUUUUAUCCUUCCACAUUUAAUUCAUUUUUAAAAUUCUACACAGCUUUGCUUUUGAGCUUUAUAACGGUCUCUAAACCCGGGACAAGUCUAGUCUUUACGCAAAGUUUGCGCCAUGGCGAACUCGUGUCUCCAGUUGUGCGGCUGUCUCAUCAGCUGCCUCGGUUGGCUGUGCAUCGUGAUCGCGACAGCCACUAAUGACUGGGUGAAUAUGUGUAAAUACGGUUUGAACACCUGCAAAAAGAUGGAUGAGCUGGAAGCCAAGGGACCCUGGGCGGACUGUGUCAUUUCCACAGGACUCUACCACUGCGUCUCGCUAACUCAGAUUCUGGAGCUGCCAGCCUACAUCCAGACAACUCGUGCCCUGAUGAUCACAGGUUCGAUCCUGGGUCUCCCAGCAGUGGGAAUGCUCCUCUUGUCCAUGCCCUGCAUCAGCCUGGGCAGCGAACCCCAGAGCUCCAAGAACAAACGCACCAUCCUGGGAGGAGUCCUCAUACUCAUAGUUGCAAUGUGUGGUAUGGUGUCUACAGUGUGGUUUCCCAUCGGGGCCCACCAGCAGCAUGGCCUGAUGUCGUUCGGCUUCUCCCUCUACACGGGCUGGGUGGGCACCAUCUUCUCCCUACUGGGUGGGUCUAUCCUCACCUGUUGCUCCUCAGAGUCCUCGUCCCGCUCCUACCACGACAACAACCGCUUCUACUACUCCAAACAGGGAGGUGACAACCCGUCAGCCACCACCUCUGCCAAUCACGCAAAAAGUGCCCAUGUCUGAUAUGGGAGAGAUUCUUAAUCCCAAGCGGAUGUUUAGCGGACUGUAGUAUGUAUAUAGAGACAGAUACACACAAGCACACACACUCAAAUGAUCACAUAUAAUUACAGUUACAUGAAACCUUUACUGGAAGAGAAUGAAACACAUGCACACAAUCAUUCAUGUUGGUUUAUGUGCAGGAAAAUACACAAAUUCUUGAAUGAGAAAACAAAUAGUUCACACAUCCAAACACACAAAGACUGUUUUUGUUGGAGCUCCUUUUUAGCCAAUGGAUUGUUUUUGUAUCGCAGAGCUCAUCUUCCAGCCUCCUCAUGUUGGGCGUGGUAUGGACUCACCCUUUUGUUACAUACAGUACAGCUCCUGAGCUGCCUGCACAGCAGCUCGACGUCCUAAUCACCAUGGACUUGUGGACUGAGAUAUUGAUCUUUUAUAUUACUUAUAUUUUUCUAUGCAAAUGCUCAUAGAGCUUACGAGUGCCUUUGUUAAAAAAUGUGUUUUUAUAAAAUCAUAUGAAAUAAUGAUUUGUUAUUUUAAUAAGAGCAGGGUAUGAAAGUGUAAUGUUUGGAAAUGAAAAUUGGUUCACUAACAUUGUUUGUGUGCAUUGAUUUUUCUUCGACUGUAUUGUAUAACUCUCUAGUGCAUUUGCCUCUUGAGUGAUAGAUAUGAUUAUAAAACAUAGCACUGUUUUUCCUAGCCACUGCAGGAUGGGAACAUAAAUUUCACAGGAAAGCUCUAGCCAGCAGUGUUCUAGACUGUAUUAACACCAAAUGGUGCACUCUAUCAUUCGUGGCAGAAAGUUAUAUCUUGUGGUAUUUGUGCGCUCCUUUAAAGUCUUAGUAUGUGCACUGACUUGGCAAAACUGAUGAAUUACAAAGUACAAUAGCAUUUUUCUGAGACUAAUUUGCUUCUGUCUUAAGUUUGAAAUACAAGUGAGUGAUAAAAAAAGCAGUUUAUCCUGUAACUGUGGAAUUAUACAUUUCCAAUUAACAUCUUCACAUAGAAUAGCUCUUAAACAGAUCUGUAGCUUGAAGUGUUUUUACUAGUGUGUACAAAAAAAUCAAUGUUAUGUAGAUUAGCUUGUCUUAAAGGAAUGUGAUGACUUGAAUGCUCUAUAUCUCAAAAGUGCUCUGAACACAAACAAUCUGAUACAGUAUUAUCCAACCAGAGGGAAAUUGAUAUUUUCAGCUCAGAUCCUUGUGGAAGCAGUGUUAACUAUGAUUAUUUAUUGUUUCACUGAUGUGCUUUUGUUUGAUUUUCUAUAAUAAAGACAAAAUGAUUGAAA